AUGUCCCGUACGGUAACGAUGGCCAAAAACUCCACCGACAAAGGCCUGGGUGAGAGAGUCCGAGUCGGGCUAACAGCUGAGAAGAAAGGCGCCAGCAUGCGGUGCUGUGCCGCACCGAGGCUGCAGGCAAACUGCACCAGGAGGUUGUUCGGUAACGCUCUAGUCAGCUUGGUGAGCCCCCACUGGCACGAGACCGCACUCGUGAAUUCGGUCGCGGGAGAUCUCGCCGAUGCUGAUACGACGUCGCCCGCUUUCCGGCAUGACCCCCUCACCCUUUGCCUUUCGCCCCCGGCGGCUUCCACUCAAACCUCGAAGAGAAAAGCCAAGAGCAGCAGCCUAAAGCGAGUUGGAGAGGGCAAGGCCCGCACGAGCCGGCGGCCGGCGGCCGGCCCUUCUUUGCCCACUCGCUUGCAUCUUGUGAAGAUCGAGCUUGCAGAAAACUCUGAGCGUCGUGCUGGAUAG